AUGAAAUCGUUUUUGGCGCUCGCCAUUCUUGGCGUCGUGCUCGUCGACGUCGCCGCCGCGAAAAUGCAAAACGUGACGGUUCGCGGAAUCGCCGUGUGCAAUAAGCGGCGUUUCGCCAACGCCAAAGUCGAACUCUACGACAAAGACACGCUCGAUCCCAAUGAUUUGCUCUCAACGAUUCACACCAACAAGGAAGGCGAGUUCGAGUUGUUCGGACAAGAGGACGAGGUCGGCAAAAUCGAGCCGUUCAUUCGCAUUCAUCAUUCAUGCAAUGCCGAACCGGGAUGCGAGCGAGUCUCCGACUACACUGUGCCGCAGGACAAAAUCAACAGCGUCUAUGAUAUGACCUACGUGACACUUGACAUCAUUGUUCACGGCGAAAAAACCAAAUGCGGCUAA